AUGUCUCAUACGGUGAAUACGCUGAAGUCAACGCGAGGAAGGGUCGGGCCAGGAACGGUCAACCGCCGACGGGCAAUCCCUCCCCUCUUCACAGUUUCUCUGACCAAGAUGCCUCCAAGCCAAGGCACGAGUUUACCCCAAAUAGAGAGGGCGAGGAGCAUCUCCAUCUGAAUGAUCCAGCGAGGAAAAGAAGAGUCAGCGGGGGGGCUGACCACAACGUUGACCGGUCUCCCCUCCAUGCACGUCAGCAGGCUAGGACAACGAGCCACAGCUACAACCCCAACUCCAGAUCCAGCACGCCGGGGAGGACCAAGAAGCCACCUGGCCGGGGCGACCCACCUGUAUGAUCCUCGAUUGCUCUUGCUGUGCUUCUGACCCGGUUGCAUACUGGUUCUCAAGGAUGACAUGGCGUGUGAUGUGGCAGGUUGAAAAGCGCUCCACGGUGCCCAAGUUUGGUGACUGGGACGAGAACGAUCCCACGUCGGCGGAUAAUUUCACGGGCAUCUUUAAGAAGGUAAGGGACGAGAGGAAGGAUGGGGGGAAGCCUCCGAUGAUCUCUACUGAUCCAGAGUUUGAAGAUAAUCUGAGGCGUAGUGGGAAGACCUCAGACACGGUAAGCUCCCUCCUGCUCCAGGACUCUCGGUAACUAACCUCAGGGCCUUUAUUAAUCCAUCUUUUGAUGCUAGAAGGAGUUGACUUUGAGAUCUGAGUACUUACCUUAGUUUUUUUUUUCAAAUUUAAACCAAUAUUUAUGUGACAGUCAACCGAGCACUUCUCUAAUCUCACUCCACUUGAGAAUUUUUUUUCUGAAAACUUUACUGCCUGCUAGAUCUUGCCUGAUAUGGGCCAGCUCGAUCCCACCCAUGAAAAGGGUUGACUCUUAGUAACUAACCUCAAGGCCUUUAUUAAUCCAUCUUUUAAUGCUGGAAGGAGUUGACUUUGAGAUCUAAGUACUUAACUUGUUUUUUUUUCUAAUUUAAACCAAUAUUUAUGUGAUAGUCAACCGAGCUCUUCUCUUAUCUCACUCCACUUAAAUUUUUUUCUGAAAACCCUUCUCCCUGCUAGAUCUAGCCUGAUAUGGGUCAGCUAGAUCUCGCCCAUGAAAAUGGUCAACCAUGAAAGAGUUGACUUUCCCGAAAAAUAUCUUCUUUUUGUCCUUCCCAGCGAUGGAAGAUGUCCUGAUUUUGAUUCAUACCUCCGAAACUGUUUAAUUGAUUAAUGUGGGGGUUUAUUUUUUCAAUCCAGGGGUGCUCAUGCUUCGGAUGGUUCAAAAAAUGAGGGUUUGAGAGUCAUGUAAUAUGGAACUCCGCAGGUCAACUGUAUCUCCUACCUUGUGUGCUUUUUUUUAUUUUGUUGAGGGCUACUACUCUUCUUCCCCUGUUCUUUCUCUCUCGAGGUGUAUCUUAUGGCUUCUAAGGGUCCCAAUUUUUUGCCAAAAAUGGUGUUGGAGAUAAUGCCAGAUAAGGCAUCCGAUGAGCUGAAGCUGGUGUAGGGCAGGGCGGUCGGUGGAUGCGAUCCUACGGUCCAAGUUGUGAGGGUUUUCAUUAUUGGGUUUUGGGGUGGGAGAGGGGGGUACAGGGCAGCCUGGUCCACUGUUGCGCCUACCAUGGCCCAACCCAGUAG